CAAAGAGGGAAAGUUGGUUUUUGAGCGCUUUGAAUAUAAUCGGUGGGUGUUUCGGAAAACUGUUUUCAAGCUACCCUAAAUCGACGUACUACCUUCAAUUUUAUACACUUAUACUGUAUAUCAUUUCAAAGGAAUUGAUUUGUAUAUGCUACAGACGUUCUUUUGUGCGCACUGAAUAAGAGUGACCUACUAUUGAAAAAAGGAACACGGUGUUGUGGAAUGCGAAACUGAUUACUCAUAAGGAUGUUUAAAGCGUUGGGAAUGAAGCUUGGAGCAUUGAUAUUUCUUCUUGGAAGUAUUUUGAUGCCUCUCCGGAAAACAACAAGUGUUACUGUUCGUUUGGUGAGCCCCACCAAUUCGCCGUUCUAUGGUCGUGUUGAAGUGCUGCACAAUGGUGCAUGGGGAACCAUUUGUGACGACUAUUGGGAAUUGCAAGACGCUGAUGUAGUUUGUCGCCAGCUUGGAUACGACGGAGCUUUAUCAGCACCAAGUGCUGCAGCAUUUGAACAAGGAACUGGUCAGAUAUGGUUGGAUGACGUUGAGUGUCAAGGAAAUGAGACAUCAAUAUUACAGUGCAAUCACAGAGGAUGGGGAGUUGAGAACUGUGAGCAUAGUGAAGACGCUGGUGUGGUGUGUCCAAACACAGUUCGUUUAGUGGGCCCCACCAAUUCACCGUCUUCUGGUCGUGUUGAAGUGUUCUACAAUGGUACAUGGGGAACCAUUUGUGACGACUCAUGGGACUUGCAGGAUGCUGAUGUAGUUUGUCGCCAGCUUGGAUACGAUGGAGCUUUAUCAGAAUCUGGUGAUGCAAAAUUCGGACAAGGAACUGGUCCGAUAUGGCUGGAUGACGUGCAAUGUGUAGGAGAUGAGACAUUUAUAUCACAAUGCAAUCAUAAGGGAUGGGGAGAUCACAACUGUGGGCACAGUAAAGACGCUGGUGUGAUGUGCAGACUUGCAGUUGUUCGGUUACUGAAUUCCAAUAAUUCGCCUUCUUCUGGUCGUGUUGAAGUGCUGUACAACGGUACAUGGGGAAGAAUCUGUAGCCACCGCUGGGACCAGCAGGACGCUGAUGUAGUUUGCCGCCAGCUUGGUCACGAUGGAGCUUUAUCAGCCACUAUUGAAGCUAUAUUUGGGAGAGGAACCGUCCUGACAUGGCUGGAUUACGUUAACUGCGUAGGAAAUGAGAUAUCAAUAACACAGUGCAGUCACAGAGGAUGGGGAGUUCAUUCCUGUGGACAUUAUUCAGACGCUGGUGUGGUUUGCCGACCCAGAGCUCGUUUGGUGAGCCCCACCAAUUCACCGUCUUCUGGUCGUGUUGAAGUUUUUUACAAUGGUACAUGGGGAACCAUUUGUGACGACUCAUGGGACUUAAAGAACGCUAAUGUGGUUUGUCGCCAGCUUGGAUACGAAGAAGCUUUAUCAGCACGUGUUAAUACAGCAUUUCGACAAGGUAAAGGUCAGAAAUGGUUGGAUGACGUUAAAUGUGAAGGAAAUGAGACAACGAUAGUCCAGUGUCGCCACAGAGGAUGGGCAGUUCACAACUGUGGGCACAGUAAAGACGCUGGUGUGAUGUGCAGACUUGCAGCUGUUCGUAUAGUGAAGUUCUCAUUACCAAGCUCUGGUCGUGUUGAAGUACUGCACAAUGAUAGGUGGGGAACCAUCUGUGACGACUAUUGGGACAAAGAGGACGCUGAUGUAGUUUGUCACCAACUUGGAUACGAUGGAGCUAUACGAGCAGUUCAUCGCGCAGCAUUUGGACAAGGAACGGGCCAUAUAUGGUUGGAUGACGUGCAAUGUGAAGGAGAUGAGUUAUCAAUAUCUGACUGCACUCACUUAGGAUGGGGAGCCCACAACUGUCGUCACAACGAUGACGCUGGCGUAGUUUGCCAACCUACAGUUCGUUUGGUAAGCCGCACCAAUUCACCGUAUUCUGGUCGUGUUGAAGUUUUUUACAAUGGUACAUGGGGAACCAUUUGUGAUGACUCAUGGGGCUUACAGGACGCUGAUGUAGUUUGUCGCCAGCUUGGAUACGACGGAGCUUUAUCAGCUCCUGAUGAUGCAGCAUUUGGACAAGGAACUGGUCAGAUAUGGUUGGAUGACGUUGCUUGUAUAGGAAAUGAGACGUCUUUAACCCAGUGCAGUAAUGGAGGAUGGGGAAUUCACAACUGUGGGCACGAUAAAGUUGCUGGUGCUGUAUGCCAGCAACCAAAAGUUCGCUUGGUGAGUCCAAACGAUGCACCAUUUUUGGGACGCGUUGAAAUACAUUAUAGUGGUACAUGGGGAACAAUAUGUGGGGACUACUGGGACCUAAAAGAUGCUGAUGUGGUUUGUAAUCAGCUCGGAUACAAUGGAGCGUUUUCAGCCCCUAAAGAUGCAACAUUUGGAGAAGGAACGGGCCCAAUAUGGCUGAAUAGGGUGUGGUGUAGAGGAGAUGAGAAAUCAGUUUCACAAUGCAGUCACGCAGGAUGGGCAGGUCAUAACUGUGGUCAUAACAAGGAUGUUGGUGUGGUUUGCCGUCAGAUAAAAGAUGCACCAUCAGCCGCCCAAUCAAGCGCCGUCAUUCAAUUGGAUAAAGGAGAAGACAGGUCUAUUGAUUGCCCUGUGGAUAUUGGAAACCCUCCAGCUGUCAUCACGUGGUACAAAGGAAAUGAUACCAGCGGCGAAAAAAUGACUAGCUGCUCAACUCUGGAGGUUAAGAAUGCUACUUCAAGGGAUGAAGGAUGGUAUACCUGUUUUGCAAAAAAUGAAGUGGGAAGUACGACUGUCAGGUUCUGGCUACUCGUUGUUAAACCAGCAUCAAAUACAAUUACUCCAUCUUCACAAACAACUCCCACAGCUUCAGAACGCUCAGAAGUUUUCCUGACAGUAAUAAUACAGGGGAACUGUAGUAGACGCGUAGAAGUUGCUGUAGAAUUUCCAUAUAUGGCUUGUGCACUUGCCUUUAAGUUUGGCUGCUUAUCUGCAAACACUGUGAACACCAGGUGUGGUAGCGUUAUUCUGGACUUCAUAAUGAGGUUCGAUCAAAGAGUAGUAGUUAGCCGUGUUUUGACUCUCCUGGCGGUCGCAGCGAGGCAAGAAAAAUUCAGAGAUUUUAAAGUUGAUCCAGACUCAAUCAAACAAGUGUCCACACCCACAGAUGAAUUGGGAAUCGCAGCCAAAGAAUAG